AUGGCGGUCAGUUUAAAUCACAAUAUCCUGCCGUUGUUGGCGCAGUCACGGCUGAGGGAAAACCUCAGAAUUACACAAAACCGACAGAGAAACGCAGAGAGACGGUUUAAUCGUUAUGUCCGUCGGAGACGUCUCGUUUCAUCAUUGUUUUUCCGUUUUUUGCUUCGAUUUCUUCUCCGACAUCUUCCGGUUCGCCGUAUUUGGCUAAAACCCCGGUCGCAGAUAUUUUGGGAAGAGACUUGCCAAGAUUGGGAAGAAAAGGACUGGAAUGAGAAUUUCCGCAUGUCUAAAGAAGCAUUUAAUCGCCUUUGCCGAGAACUUUCGCCACAUAUCUCUAAAAGGGACACCAAUUACAGGAAAGCCAUUACAGUGCGCCAUCGAGUUGCCAUAACAUUAUGUUGGCUCGCGGACACGGCUCACUUUCGAACGAUCGGAAAUCUAUUUGGUGUCGGAAAAUCCACUGUUUGUGGUAUUGUGCGACAGGUAUGCGAGGUGAUAGUGAACGUUCUUCUUCCCAAUUAUAUAAACGUUCCCCAAAAUCAACAUGAAGUCCAAGAAAAAAUUGAAGGUUUUAAAAGUCGCGCGGGCUUUCCCCAGGUGGUUGCAGCAGUCGAUGGUUGCCAUGUCCCAGUCAUUGGACCUCGGCAAAGUCCAGAUGAUUAUGUUAACAGGAAGGGAUUCCACUCAUUAAUCCUUCAGGGGCUAGUAGAUUGUAAUUAUCUAUUUCUUGAUAUAUGUGUUGGAUGGCCGGGUAAAGUACACGACGCACGUGUCUUCAAGAACUCUCCAUUGUUUGUCUUGUGUUGUGCCAGAGCUUUUCUUCCGCUCGAUAUGUCGGUGAUGAUAUCUGGUGUACAAGUUCCUCCCCUGAUAUUAGGUGACUCAGCUUAUGCUCUCAGCAAUUGGCUGAUGAAACCAUAUAUUGAUCGUGGAAAUCUGACCCCGGAGGAACGCAGUUUCAACAUAAAACACAGCACGACUAGAGUAGUUGUUGAAAAUGCCUUUGGUCGAUUGAAGGGAAGGUUCAGAAGCAUUGGGAAGAGACUGGACUUAAAAGUUGAAAAUGCCUGCAAUGUCAUCGCAGCGUGUUGUGUUUUACAUAAUUAUUGUGAGAUGCGAAACGAGUCUUUUGAUGACCAAUGGCUCAAUGAUAUUCACAUUCAUGCUGGAGUUUGUCCAGGUGAUCCAAACCCAAGGCAGAACACAAAUGCUGUUGCAAUAAGAGAUGCAAUUAAAAGAUUCUUAAUAUAA